AUGAGCGAGAAUCCAUCCAGGGAGAUCGAAAUGUCCAACACAUGCACAUCCAGCUGGUCCCCGGAGAUAGAGCGAACUUCCGCCAUUAGGCAAACACGGCCCGACGCUCAACGCCAGCUGCGCAGCCCCGUCCCUUCCCAGGCACUCCGUCAAUUGGAGUCGGAACGCAGUGUCCUGAAAAGGAGAGAAUGGGAGCGGAGGAACCAGGAGGUCCAGCAGGAUGAAGAUUUGUUCUCAACUGGAUUCAACCUGUUUGGAGAACCUUACAAGACGAAUAAAGGAGAUGCGUUGGCAAGUCGGGUCCAGAACACACUUGGCUCCUAUGAAGAAAUGAAAGACCUGCUAACCAGCCAUUCAAACCAGAGCCACUUGGUGGGGAUCCCCAAAGGCAGCAGUGUCAACAACAACAUGCAAACACCGACCAGCUCAGCCACGACAGAGUCCCAGUUUUUUAACGAAAGCCUAAAUACCGGACCCGAGGGGGGCGGAACGGAGGGAGUUGGUGAGAAAAGACUCGGAAGUGCAUCCUUGUCAUCCUCCAAGACCAUGCAGCCUCCCACAUCGACAACGGUGUCAUCAAGCUCGCAGUCGGUGCCGCAUCAGAAUUCCAAGAAGUCUCGGAGUUCGGUGGAGUGGUCGAAAGUAUGCCAGGCACAAAGCAGCACAACGAGUCUUCUUCUGGGAUUGGGCCAAGGCCAAAGUCAGGCUCCGGGAGCUGCAAAUGGAAGAGGGAAAACGUUUGAGGAGCAGCAAAUCCAAAGACACGAUGAGCUUUUCAGCUCACUGAAAGAUGAACUGGGGCUGAAAAGAGAUUUGAGCCCUUCUUCGUCAUCUUCAUCCUCUUCUUCUUCUUCCGCCUCAUCUGGAAGACGGCAUUCUUCCCACCCUUCAAAAGCACUUCCUCUCCCAGAUGCUGGCAAUUAUCGAUCUUCUGCCAUGGACGCUGGCCACUGCAAAACGUCUGGCUCCCCACAAGAAAAUGAAGCAAGCUCUCACGUCUCCAUGUCCUCCUCUCCGCUGGCUUCCACAUCACUUUUGUCAACAACACCCGUACCUGGUCUUACCACCCCCACAGCUACCUUUCCACCUGGUAGCCUAUCAGGGAAGCCAAUUGCAGUGCAGCAGAAGCCAACAGCAUAUGUUCGCCCAAUGGAUGGCCAGGACCAAGCGCCCAUUGACUCACCACAAUUAAAGCCACUUCUAGUAGCACCAGAAGGGUUCAACGGGGGUCAAACGUAUGGUGGAAACUCUGGGAACAUGAAGAAUAAACUGCCAAAACUAAGUCUGAACCACACCGCUGAGGUCAGCAUUCCAAAUGACUCCAGCUGUGUUGAAGAGAUUUUGCGGGAGAUGACCCACUCCUGGCCACCCCCUCUUACCGCCAUACACACGCCAGGAAAAGCUGACCAGACCAAGUUCCCCAUUCCCAGCAAGGAAUCGCAGCAUGUGACCUCAGGCUACAACACAAAGCGCUGUCCUGUAUCAUCUAACAAGCCAGCUGUGAAACCACCGACGGCGCCACAAAAGUCAAUGCUGGAGGAUGACCUGAAGAUCAGCAGCGACGAAGAAGAGGCCGAGCAACAGGUAUCCGGCAAGCCUAAAGCCCGAGCGACAGCCUUAAGUGGCGCAUCGGGGAGCAGCAGUGAAUCGGAGAGCAGCUCGGAGUCGGACACAGACGAAUCAGAGAGCAGCUCCAGUGACAGCGAGUAUAACCAGGCCGCCCGCACCAACUCCCCUGAGCCUGAGCCGUCUUCCACCGACAAGUGGCAGCUAGACAGCUGGUUGAACAAAGUCCAAGCUCAAACCAAACCUCUGGUGACCCCACAGCAAGAUCACCAUGCCACAGGUUCUGUCACCAAAAUUCAGGAGCCUUUCACACAGCGAAGUGAAGCAGCAGGAGUGGGUUCUGCUGCCAAAAUUAAAGCCUGCGUGUCCAUCAGCACCACCAUUCUUCCCACGUUGCCAACAGCAGAGCACAAAGAUGCCAGGGGAACAUUCUGCCCGAACAAAGAGAAAACGAAGGCCAAACUCAGCCAGAAGGCAUCGGCGGAAGGUCAGAGGUCAAAGAUGAGGCUGUCACCCGGACCGAUGCCUGGACCAGAGGUCGCCACACAGAGAAGGACCACUACAGGGAAGAAACAGCCAAGACGGACAGAGAGGUCGAACAGCGUGGAGGAUAAUCAGAGCCAGACAUGGAGCAGAGCAAAUCAACAAAGCCCUGCUGCGAGGGAAAAGGACCUAUUCCCUCUAUCCUCCUUGGAGCAUCAGAAUCCGUCUAGGCCAAGGACUAAGCCCCCGAGUGGGAAAACGGCACCCAGGAAAGAACCUCGCGGUGCCACCAUGCCAAACAACACAGUUGCAACCCCGGUAGCACUACAGCAAACCACUGUGCCAACACCCACUGUCAGUGUAAAUCAGGAAAAAAGAAAGCACAGAGGCCCGAGUAGCAAAAUCACACCCAAGUCUAGAGAGUUUGUGGAAACAGAUUCUUCAUCCUCUUCUUCCGAAUGCCAGUCUGAUUUGGAGGAAACCAUCAAAAACCCUGCUUUGCCGCCUCCGUCGACACGUACCGCAAUUAACACACAGACUCUGUCCAACUCGUACACUCCUCCUCUGCCAUGUUUCGGAAUGGGAGGUCUGGGAGCCUUUGGAGGGAAGGGACUUUGUGUUCGAGAUAGUAGCAAUGUGACCACUACCAUUAAUAGUAGCACUAGUAGCAUCAGCAGUGGUGUCACUGGGAGUGGUAGUAGCGCUAAUACGCUGAGCAUUAGCAACAUAAAUGCUUCAUUUGGUACCUCGGUUCCUGAUCCUGGAGGGUUAGGUGGACCUUGCAAAGACUUGGAGUCUGUGCCACCACACUUGAACAUUGGACAAGAUCUGCCCAUUUCCCCACUUAGGGAAUACCAGGAGAUACAGAGUCUGUGGGUGAAAAUUGACCUGAGUUUGCUUGACAGGGUGCCUGGACGAGGUUUUGGUCAAAUAUCCCUGGUGGGGAUGAUGGAAAGGGACAGAACUGAAGGAAGAGGGUGUGAAAGACCAGGGGAAAAGGCGGUGGUGUCUGACAGGGAGAGACAAAAACAGGGUGACAGAGAAUGGCAAGGGCCCAGACAAAGACAGAAGUUAGCUAAAGGGGAGAAGCUGGGGGAAGAAAAUGAGGCAUUAGUGCAGGACACAGAGAGGCAAGGUGACAGGGACAGAUUUACAGAGAGGGACAGGCAGGCUGACAGAGAGGAGCGAGAGAGGUUCAAUUUAGGAGCGAGGGACAAGGCGACAGAAGGAAGAAGAGAAAAAUUAUGUCAGGGUCUUGGAUUUCUGGACAACCACUGUGUGCAGGAGAAAAGUCUUCCAAGGCUACCUGGGAGGACAGAAAGGGGGGACAGUGGAGGAAAACACAGGAGGCAAGCAACUGGCAACAUGGUUGUCCUUGCAGAAAAGCACACGAGCAAGAGCAAGAGGAAACACAAGUCGGACCACAGUGAACCUUCCAUCAACAGCAAUAAAAAGCUUCAAUUGGACAAAGACUGUCAGCUACUCCCACCCUGCAUUUCUCCAAUACACAACCACAAAAACAGCUCUGUGGAAUCUCUGAGCAGGAAACAGUCCUGGCGGCACGAUGAGAAGCUACUUCCUCCACUUCUUUCACCCCUCUCUGAAGAGCCCCCGCAUAAAAAGAGCUGUGAGGGCAGUUCAUCGCUCAGCCAGGAGGGCGGAGCCACUGGGACGCUCCCCUGCCCCAUUUCCUCGGUACACAGACACAGGAGAGGAGAAAGCAAAGCAUUAUCACACGCAAGAAACAAUGCUCCAAGUCUCACAGAUAAUCAUAUUGAGAAGCCCUGUGGAGACAGUUGCCAUGCCAAUGGGCAGUCGGAAUCAGAUGCCUGGUCGGAACCACUGAUGGAACCUGCAGAACCUCCCAGACCGAGACUGUCCUUUAGUGACACAGUCCGCAGUGCAGACUACUACAUGCAGGAGGCUAAAAGGCUAAAGCACAAGGCAGAUGCAUUGAUUGACAAAUUUGGAAAAGCGGUGAACUACGCAGACGGCGCUCUCUCCUUCAUUGAGUGUGGAAACGCUAUGGAGCGAGAUCCUCUAGAGGCCAAAUCUCCUUACACGAUGUACUCGGAAACCGUCGAGCUAAUCAGGUAUGCAAUGAGGUUGAAGAACUUCACCAGCCAUUCAGCCACCAUUGCUGAGAAGAAACUUGCCGUGUUGUGUAACCGCUGUCUGUCUCUGCUGUAUCUGCGGAUGUUCCAUCUGAAGAAAGACCAUGCUGUCAAGUACUCACGCUCACUGAUGGAGUAUUUUAAGAACUCAGCCAAGAGCUCCCAUCAAGCACCUUCUCCCUGGAGGACCAAUGGAAAGAUCAACGGGACUCCAUCUCCACUCUCUCUCAGCCCCUCUCCGGCCAACGGCGGAGGAGCUCCAGUUUCGUCAGGCAGCGUCGCCAUUCCCCAACGCAUUCACCACAUGGCGGCCAGCCACGUCAACAUCACCAACAACAUCCUGCGCAGCUAUGAACACUGGGAAGCAGCGGAUCGACUGUCCACUGGUAGCCAAGAGUUCUUUCAGGAGCUGGAUUCUGCCAUGGAGCCGUUGACUCAGCAGAGCAGCAUGACCGAGCUGGUCCGAUACAUCAGACAGGGACUGCACUGGCUCCGCAUUGAGGCUCACCUGCUGUAGGCGCUGGACCACGGCCAGAUAAAAAUGAAAAAAAAAACAUUAAAAAAUGUGCCUGGGAGCUAGAACUGGGAUAAGCGAGAUGACACCCACAAUGAUGCUUUCGUCCCCGCUGGGGCCCUUCAGUGACUCAACAUGCUACGGUGCAGUAAUUGUAUUGACUCGGUGGAUUAAUUGGGCAAAAAUGCACUUAGGAAUGAAUGAUAACUACAUCCUUUGAAUGUGACUCUUUGACUGCAAAUUAGCAUAAUUAGACAAUGUCUGAUGUGGCUCUUUGGAGGGACAACAAUUAUACUUGGGUACAUGUAGUUUAAAUUCCUCCUUGAAUAGGAAUAUAAGUUCCAUGUAUUUUUAAUAAGAUGGGCUCAUUUUCAAAAGGAAACGUGACAGGCUGCUGUGAUUAUAGAGGAUAAAGCCUCUGAAGGAAAGCUCUUUAGAGGCUCCAAGAAAUGUGCGUCUGAUACUGAUCCAGUUGGUAAAGUACUGGUCCAAUACAUCAAUUGGAUAAGAAUCAUGCACGUAAAGAGACUCCUUUACAAACACUUCUAGUGAAUUAACAAAGGAUGAGAUACAUCAUCAGGGGACAAGUGGCAAUCGGCCACUGAGAAAUAUACAUGAUAUCUAUCGCCCUAUUAAUCAUUUCAAAAGGGCGAUGAGAGCACUUUAGCGUGAUGCCAGCACUUAGCCAAGCAGUUCAUUACAAAAAUGCACUUAAUUAAGAAAUGCUUGUUAUAUUUAUUCGCCAUUCACAAAUAUUGUUGGGAGUAUUACCUUACAAAUGUAACAGUCAUGUAUUACUUUUGCCGUGCUAAUUAUAUGUACCGUGUAUUCCGGACUAUAAGCCGCACCCAAUAAUUUAGAAGGAAAAACUUUUUUUUCGUAUAUUAGCGAAGCUAUAUACCGGUACUUUGUGAAAAAAGAUACUUACAUAGAAUGAUUUUGUACCUUAAUUGUUUCCAAAUGGCGCCUAUAACAUGGCAAAAAACGGCUGAUCAAACAAAACAGAAAAGUCAUUGAUGUCUUUAUUCAUUCUUUAUGAGAUUUUCUAAUUUUUUGAUGAGGUUCAAGAUGUUUAUCCAGAUUUGUUUUAAUUGUACUUUGUAAGCACUUUGGACCUAAAUUUUCUAAAGGUUUGCGUGUAUUAAAACACGUGCAAACCUAAUAGCACACGCAGAGCUGAUCUACUACAUGUGCAAAGUAGAUUGCGUCUGUUAAGUGAGCAGAGAGAUCCAUUUUGUGUCUCUGUCUUCAUUAAUAUGCAAACUAUAUGCUGUUCAGUAGAAGGCUCAAAAUGCAAAUAUAAUUAUUUAGCACCCGCAAUGUGAUUUAUCAACACUCAUCCUUGUGAAGGACGUGCACACUGACACUGACGCACACGGCUGUGAGAAAAGAGGUGUUCCCGCUGCAUAGACAAUGUGUCAACAUUUAGAAAAAAUAGUCGACAUAUCGUAUAUUCAGCACAUUUUUGUUAUAAUUUUAUUGCUGCUGGAUGACAUUAAGGGCUGAUUAAAAUUCAUUCAAUUGAUUGUGUUUUGGUGUCUGCUGGCGUUUUUGUUUAAAUGUCGUCUGUGCGGCAAUUUCAUCUUUGAGGUGAUGAGUGAUGAUUACGGGCUGAUUUGGAGAUAGCAGACACCAAAACAAGAGCAAGAUGUAUUGUUCAUAUUGCUCCUAUCUGAAAACGUGCGAUACAACAUGCAUUUUGUUGCAUUCCAGCGCACCACAGCAGAUAUUCUCGAUGUUGUGCCAACCAACAUACAGUCUGCUAAAAAUAGGUUCUCUUGUCGAGGUAGCGCCUCUAUAUUGUAGAGAAAAGGUGGGGAAACAAACGUGACGUCACGCGCAACCCAGGAACCGAAACAUGGCACCGCUGGAUCUUACAUGAAUCAGUGCCCGGUAGUACCGGCUGGUUUCGGUUAGUGUCAAAAUAAGAUUUGGAUCCGGUGCCCACUCUUAGUGACAAAGCAUGAUCGUAAUGUAAGACGUUUUCAUUUUGUAAAUGUAGUUCAACCGGAUGUCUAGCGUAGCACUUUUAUUUUGAAGCCGGAAACGUGAUUGUUUUGAGAAGUGUCUUGACAUGUUUUGAUGUCGGAUAGACUGUUUGCAACAAAAAAGUCUCCUUUCGACCGCCUGCCGACCGUCUUUCAUUUCUGUUGAGCUUUUAUAUCAUCUUACUUACUAAAUCAGUCACAGUAACAAUCUAAAUGUUAUGUUAUCACUGUACCUUAACCAUAAUCUGAACACGGAAGUGAAGCACCACCCACCUCUAGAACGACGCACGCAGCAGGCGUUUUCUGCAGGGAUGUCACCUCUUCUCGCGGCAAAAAAAUUGUCCUUUCUUGUCGGGAGAACAACUUGCCAUGGCUUUGAACCUGAUAGUUACAUAAGGUAGACUUUCCUUUGUCCAUUUAUGCCCGCUUGUGCCUCAUCAGUAUUAAGUGAACUGCAGCAGAGUUCCCCACGCUACGGCACAACCCGAGUCAAAAUGGACGUGUGUGCGUUAAUCGCCCGUUAAAAAAUGAGUGCCAUUAUUUAAAAUUAUAGUUAAUACAUAGUUAUAUGGUAUAUAUAGUUGUAGCCCUAAUAAAUAUAUAAAACCCUAAUUUAAAUAAUUUACCUUACCUAAUUAGGUAAUUACAAUUACCUACAUUUUUAUAAGGGUCACACCUGAAGAACAACAUUACAUUAUGAUCAAAUAUUAUUGCUGGAAAACUGUUGCUCCGGGCAAUUGGUACAUGGGUCUUCAGUCAAUCACCAUCUUAAUAACCAAUACUAUUACAUUUCAGUAAUACGAACUAAUAAUAAUGUGUAAAAACACAAUAUAAUAACAAGGCAUGGCAUUUCAAAAGAAGCAUUUUGUGUACUGGGGAUGAUUACUAUUAUUACCAGAGAAAGAAACAUAUAUUCGAGUACAAUAUUACUGAUGCGCCUGAGUAUAGAGCUAAUAAUAUAACAAAACAUUGAACAAUUCAAUCAAUUGCAACAAAAUGCAUCUUCAUUUCCAUAGAGCUACAGACUACCAGGCCUGUGAGAUGAAUGUGGAAUCUAAUUAGUUGCUAACAUAGUUUAAGUUACAUGGGCCAACACUCAGAUUCUGAAGGCCCUAAGCAGAUUACAUGAACAUGGCAACACGUAGAAGCUUAUAUCUGAAAAUCUAAUAUCUAAAAUAAACGUAUACGUAUUGGAGGUAGCUUCGCUUAUAGAAACGCUACAAUAGGAAAUUAAUAAACUGUUUGGAAUAAAUGAAUACAAUUACUAUGAUUUAAGUUGUAAAUGUAGGUCAGUGCUGCUGAUAGUGUUCAGACCUUGAUGCCAACCACUUCAAUCAUUCUAGUGAUUGUAGCAUUCAACCAUUUAUGUAAAAUAUACAAAAUGACCAAAGAAUGAUCAAUCUACCAAUGCGCUUUGUUUUUAAAGCCAUUCUACUGUGGCUCAGUUCUAGCUCCCAUGGUAACCCAGCCAAUGAACUCCUCCAACAUUCUCCACAAAUGGACUGUGUAACGAUGCCAACUUGGGGUGCCAACUUGGGACAACAUUGCAUUGGAUCAAAUCAGCACUGGACAUUUUGGUCGUUUGUUGUGUUGUCGUGUGUGUAUACGUGUACAGCUGAUUGUGUCAACAUGACUGGAUAAUUAUGAUGUUUGUGCUACACAAUUAGAGACUGUGACUUCUGCAAACAGUGAUGUUGUGUUGUAGUCGUUGUGGUUGUUUGUGUCGAUUCAAAGUGAAUGGACGAUUGACUGAUCUAUAUUCUGUAGUGUGUGCGUGUGUGUUUGUGCGUGCGUGGGGGACAGGUGUGUGUUUAUGGUUGCUUUCACACAGCAACAAAUCUGUCAUUUCUUUACGGCACAACUACAAGUUUCCUCCUGUGCCGUUUUAUUUAUUUCUUGUCAUGGUCUGUGUAAAUCCAGCUCAUUCAGAGUGAGUGUUUCGGUUCUCGUUUGGCCACUGCUGAAUGUGUAUGAAGACAAUGCGGAUGUGAAAGGAAAAUUUCACUUUUGACAACAAAAAAAGGAAAAGAAAAACUCAAGUGCCUCUAUUGGUGUCCAGUGGGAACUGCUCUAUUUAUUUAAGAACAAAGAAUGAAUCUAAGUGAUUUUCCAUACCAUAUUGGUACAAAUAUGAGAUUGUUUUUCGUAAAACCAAAUGUUUCCAUAAGCUUUUUACUAGCAUUUAUGACGACACUGGGCUUUGGCUUUAAGGAAAAGACAGUAUGUGAUUCAAAGUGUCAGAUUUCCAUCAGUUGUUGAUCUUUUUUUUUCUUGAUGUUUUUGAGGGUUUGUCUGAAAUGCCUGAUAUG